AUGGAAUGGUAUACGGUUCUUGCGAUUAUUUUAUUAAUUUUAUUAGCUAUUGCUUUGGGUGUUCUUCUUGCAUGUAUAUUAGCUGGUCAACAUUGUACAGUAUCGAUACAACAACGUCAACCAAAUCAUGAAUUAACUAAAAUACAACAAGAACAAGAACGAAAACAACAGAAAAAAUUCAGUUCAAAAUUAAAACGAACAUUUCAUCUAUCACCAAAAGUAGAACAACCUAUAGAACCUAUUGAAGAUGUUAAAACAGUUGAAUUUAAAUUCAAAAUAGGUGAUAAUCAUAAAAAAACUGAAGAAUUAACAACAACUUAUGAACCAAAUAUGAAUCUUUUAUCUAAAAAAUAUGCUACUCAAGCUGAAGUUGAAGAACGACAGAAGAAAAAACGAGAUGAAAUUAAAAAAAAAUAUAAUCUUUAA